AAUAUUAUGCAUGGAAUACAUUAUGUUAUUUUUAUAAAAAUAUCAUAAACGUUACUGGAGGAAUCUUGAUUGAUGGGAAUAAACUUUUUCAACCCAAAUGGAAUAACUUCCAGCUGCUUAACGGGCAUUGUGCAAAAUUAACUCUUUCUGGCGUUCAUCGCCGCCGCCGUCGCAAUCACGGCCACCGUUUGUAAUUUGAAAGUCGUGGGAAUUAUGAGGGUUAUUCACAGUCCCGCCAUUUAGCACUCUCUUUCUCCAUUUCUGCACACACUUCUUAUUCUCUUACCCUUUUGUUCCUCUCUGUUCUUGGGUUUUAUUCGUUCAUGGCGGUUAUGGCUUCUCGAAAACUAAUAAGAGAUGCUAUCUGUAAAGGGGCGGCUUCACGUCUCUUCCAAGGUGCAAGGCACUGGUCUUCUGCUUCUGAGACCGUUCAUAAGAUCCCUCACACUUCUAAGAAGGGGAGAUUACUAACUGGAGCCACCAUAGGCCUAGUGAUAGCUGGAGGAGCAUAUGUGAGUACUGUGGAUGAAGCAACUUUCUGUGGUUGGCUGUUCUCUGCCACAAAACUGGUGAACCCCCUUUUUGCGCUUCUUGAUCCUGAAGUUGCACAUAGGCUAGGAGUCUUAGCAGCAGCUCGGGGUUGGGUUCCAAGGGAGAAGAGGCUUGAUCCACCGAUUUUAGGACUUGAAGUUUGGGGAAGGAACUUUUCAAAUCCCAUAGGUCUUGCUGCAGGCUUUGAUAAACAUGCUGAGGCUGUUGAUGGUCUUCUUGGAUUAGGCUUUGGCUUUGUGGAGGUUGGUUCUGUGACACCUGUUCCACAAGAUGGCAAUCCAAAGCCUCGUGUUUUCCGAUUGCGUGGGGAAGGAGCUAUCAUUAAUAGAUAUGGCUUCAAUAGCGAAGGAAUUGUUGUUGUUGCAAAGAGGUUGGGCGCCCAGCAUGGAAAAAGAAAGUUAGAUGAAAGUUCGAGUACUUCACCUUCCUCUAGUGAUGACGUCAAACAGGGUGGUAAAGCUGGUCGUGGGAUUCUUGGAGUCAAUCUCGGAAAGAACAAGAAUAGUGAAGAUGCUUCUGCAGACUAUGUGCAAGGAGUUCAUACAUUGUCUCAGUAUGCUGAUUACUUGGUGAUUAAUGUUUCAUCACCCAAUACUCCUGGAUUGCGUGUGCUUCAAGGUAGGAAGCAAUUAAAGGACCUUGUUCGUAAGGUUCAAGAAGCUCGGGAUGAAAUGCAAUGGGGUGAGGAGGGACCUCCUCCACUUCUGGUGAAAAUAGCCCCUGACUUGUCUAAAGAAGACCUCGAAGAUAUAGCAGCUGUUGCCCUAGCCCUCCGUUUGGAUGGAUUGAUUAUAACAAAUACAACUGUUUCAAGACCGGAGCCUGCUGAUAACAAUCCAUUGGCUGCUGAAGCUGGUGGAUUAAGUGGGAAGCCUCUCUUCAACCUAUCCACCAAUAUCUUAAAGGAGAUGUAUAUUUUGACCAGGGGGAAGAUUCCUUUAGUAGGCUGUGGUGGCAUUAGCAGUGGUGAGGAUGCUUACAAGAAAAUACGAGCUGGAGCAUCUCUUGUUCAACUUUAUACAGCAUUUGCUUAUGGUGGGCCUGCCUUGAUUCCUCAGAUAAAGGGGGAGCUUGCUGAAUGCUUAGAAAGAGAUGGUUUCAAGUCUAUCCAAGAAGCAGUUGGUGCAGAUUGCAGAUAACAGCUUUGUGCACUUUGUUUGUAGGCUGAAAAUAAACACAAUAAUCCCAAAUGUUUUGACAAUGGAAUUUUGGUUUUCUUCUCUCUCAGUUUUCAGAAAUUUUAUUUAACUCCUUCAAAUUGGAGGCUGAUUUUCCCCUCAAGUUUUCUUCUUUCUGGGGGGAACUGCUUUGGGUUUGGAGAUGCCAAAUCUGUUUUUCAUCAUUUUAGUUCUGUUCAUCUCUCACAUUAGGAGAGAAUUCUAAGGAAUAAUUGUUCAAAACUUUCUUUUCAGUUAUUAUAAUGAGAGGGUUUAAAUAUAUAUACCCAUGUA